CAAGUUCUAAUCAGUAUACCUGGUUACUCGCUUAUCUUCUCACAAGCAACAACGCCAACUGAACAUUAUCAUCAUUUUCGUGUAAUGUAAUGAACAUCAAAGUAUGGUUGUUUCAUUGAGCGAUGAGUUUUAAUUUGUAGUAUAGAAAACGUGAAGUGAAAAUGGUGUUUAAAAGCGGAGAAUCGGCGAAAUUAUUAGAAAAAGAGCAAAGUACAGAUUAUGGAUCUGUUACCGAGAAAUCAACGAAGAAAGCACAAAAAGAAAAAACCUCCAGUUUAUUCUAUUUGUUCAAAUAUACAACGAAAUUAGACAGAACAUUAUUGAUACUCGGCGCAUUAUUCAGUUUAAUUUCUGGAUCAUGUUUACCCAUUCUUGGAUUAUUCUUUGGAGGCAUGACCAAUAUUUUCCUUAAUCAAGCGACUCAAGGUUUAGUAUCGGAUGAAGUCAUAAAUGCAACGUUAAGAAAUGCAACAUCGCACGCUAAUCCGGUGGCAAUUAAUUUCGAUCAACAUCUCGUGCCUAUAUCAGCGGAAAAUAGCACGAUCGUAUAUCAAGUGGUAUACGUGCUUCAUGAAGUUUUCAAAGCAGAAUUACCUCAAAAAGAUUUGUGGGAAAACAGCGGUUACGGGAAUUAUAGUAUACCAAUGACUGAACGAGAAUUCGACAAUAAUUUGAACAAAUACCUAAUCAUUUAUUUGAUAAUCGGCACCAUCAUGAUGAUCUGUUCGUUUAUACAGACGAUGUGUUGGGAAUAUGUUAGUGAACAUCAAGUUCAUAGUAUGCGCAAACUUUACUUUUCAGAAAUUAUGCGCCAGGAUAUUUCUUGGUAUGAUACCAACGAUAAUGGGAAUUUACCGAAUAAACUAUCCGACGAUUUGGAAAGGGUUCGAGAGGGAACUGGAUUCAAAUGUGUAAUGAUUAUACAAUACGUGGCGUCAUUUAUUUCGGGAAUCGCUGUCGGAUUGUAUGUCAAUUUACCCUUAACUUUAGUCACAUUAUGUGUGGGACCAUUCAUCAUUGGUCUAACGGCUUAUAUCUCCAAAUUUGCAGCUUAUUCGGGAGCCAGAGAACAGGAGAAAUAUGCUGCUGCGGGAGCCGUAGCAGAAGAAGCUUUGUCGAAUAUAAAAACCGUUCAAGCUUUUUGUGGGUUUUCUAUAAGCAUAAGAAAAUAUGGCGAAGCAUUGGAAGCUGGUCGAAAAAUCGCGAUGAGCAAAUAUCACGUGUUCUCAGUGUGCAUUGCCAUAAUGUACGCCUUAAUGUUCGCCGCUUAUGGUCUAGGAUUUUGGUAUGGUUCUAAACUGGUUCAAUUGGGCGUUUCUACUCCAGGAAGUGUAUUUACAGUAUUUUUCAGCGUUGUGGUUGGUGCAUUUUCAAUCGGAAAUGCGUUACCUUAUUUCAAUGUCGUAUCAACUGCUGUUGGAGUGGUGGGAGGUAUAAAGGAAAUAAUCUCACGUAAAGUCACUAUUGACCCAUAUUCGGAUGAAGGAAGAAAACUUACGCAGAUAGUCGGAAACAUUGAGUUUAAAAAUGUAUCGUUUUCUUAUCCAUCUCGUCCAAACGUCCAGGUUUUGAAAAAUUUGAAUUUGAAAAUUGAGCCUGGAAACACUGUUGCUAUCGUAGGUUCGAGUGGUGCUGGUAAGAGUACAAUUGUUGGGUUAAUGCUGCGUUUUUACGAUACCCAACAAGGUUCGAUUUGCAUUGAUGAUAAUCCCAUUGACGAAUUAAAUGUCAAUUGGUGGAGAAAACAGGUAGGAUUGGUUUCUCAAGAACCUGUCUUAUUCGGAGUAUCAAUCGCUGAAAAUAUUCGAUACGGACGAGAAAACGUGUCAUUUUGGGAAAUCAUCGACGCAGCUAAAAAUUCCAACGCUCACGAAUUUAUAACGAAAUUGCCUAAAGGCUAUGAUACGUUAGUUGGUGACACUGGUUCACAAUUAUCUGGAGGUCAGAAGCAAAGAAUAGCUAUUGCGAGAGCUCUGGUUAGAAAUCCCAAAAUUUUAUUAUUGGACGAAGCCACCAGCGCUUUGGAUGCGCACAGUGAAGGCGUUGUACAGGAGGCGUUGGAAAAAGCUAUGCAUGGAAGAACUACCAUUAUUGUUGCGCACAGAUUGUCAACGAUUAGAAAUGCAGAUAAUAUUUACGUGAUGAAGGACGGAGCUGUUUUUGAGAAUGGUAAGCACGAGGAACUUAUGAAAAAACAAUCUUUAUAUUAUAAGUUGGUGACAGCUCAAACGAAGCCCGACGACUCUAACGAUACUGAAACUGCUACUAGUGCCGAUGAAACGAAUGAUGAAAGUCCAUCUCCCGUAGAGGAAUCCGACGAAUUAAGCCAAGAAAAAAAUGCAUCCAAAUUGAGACCAACCGAACUACUGGAGGAAUUUAAAAGUGAUGGAGAGGAUUACAGAAUUAAAUUUCCGUCGGGUGGAGAAAAAGACAUCAAUCAAGAAAAUGCCGACGGUGAGGAAACCGAAGAACCCGAACAUAAUUGGAAAGUCCUGGACCGUGAAGUGUCGCACGAGACUUUAUCAGAUGACAAUGAAGAUGAUGAAUAUGAAACAGUGGUAACUCAUGUAAGGGAGACUCGAGAAAUACUCUACAGUGAUGAAGAGGAUGAGGAAGGAAAUGAACCUCAGCCUGAAACAUCCAAAGAGGCAGAAAAAAGUAAAAAAGAACCUACAACGUCGUCGAGAAAAAAACGAUUCAGCACAACGGAAGAGGAGAAAAAACUUUUACCUUUUAGCCAACCAGAAGAAAUUGAAAAGGAUAUUUCGCUAUGGGAACUUUUAAAACUACACAAAUACGAGUGGAAAUGGUUGUUAAUGGCCUUUACCGGUUGUGCGUGUGGUGGUUCAAUAAUGCCAAUAUUUUCACUGUAUUAUGGACAAAUUUUCACUGUAUUCACCAAAACGGGCAAAGAAUUGGUUGAAGGGACAAUAUUUUGGACAUAUAUGUUUAUUUUACUAGCUGCAUUCACGGCAGUGGCUUUCUUCUGUCAGGCCUUUGGAUCUACAACAGCGAAUGAAAAAGUCAUAGCUAGAGUACGAUUGCUCGUGUUUGAAAAUAUCCUGAGGCAACCGGUAGGAUGGUUUGAUUUGGAAACUUCCUCUCCGGGAAUAUUGGUGAAUCGUUUGGCUCGAAACGCUCCAUUAGUUAAAGCGGCAGCAGGAUUACGAAUCGGACAAGUGAUUUCUUCAGCUGUAACAUUAAUAGGCGCAUUUCUAAUAGCUUACAUAUGUGGUUGGAGAUUGGCUCUUAUAUUAACCUUUUGUGUUCCUAUCAUCAUCUAUGCUUCUUUCAAACAGAAUUCUUUGUUGAAAGAAUUUCAAGCUAGAGAUUCGAAACUGAUGGAUGAGGCCGGACGAAUCACAUCGGAAGUUGUCAGGAAUAUUCGAACAGUUCAAGCAUUAGGACAAGAGAAACUAUUCAGUGCUUUAUAUGAGGAAAAUCUAGAAGUGCCCUACAGAGAAGCUAAAAAGCAAGCUUUACUCUACUCUGUUUUAUACUCUGUAACGCAAGCAAUUACAUUUUACAUGUACGCUGUGGCGUUUCGUGUUGGUGGUUAUUUCGUCGAAACGGGAGAAAUGCAAACAAACGAUAUUUACAAGGUUUUUUUCGCGUUGUCUCUUUGCGCCGUAUCUAUAGGCAAUGCUUUUUCUUACAUACAAGAUUAUUCCAAAGCUCGAACAUCAAUGCGAUUGCUCAAUUACUUGCUAACUAGGAAAUCUGAAAUUGAUUGUACGUCUCCUUUAGGGAUAAAACCGGAUAUUAAAGGCCAAAUACAAUUUAAGAAUGUGCAUUUCUCUUAUCCGGCUCGAGCUAAUGUAAAAGUUUUACGAGGUUUAAAUUUAAAUGUAGCAGCUGGGAAAACAUUGGCCUUGGUGGGGGAAUCAGGAUGCGGUAAAAGCACCAUUAUAUCGUUGUUGGAACGUUUCUAUGAUCCCAUAGAAGGAAGCAUUAAAAUCGAUGGAUAUGAUAUUCGUACACUGAAUCUAUCACAUUUACGAUCGAAAAUUGGUUUAGUUACUCAAGAGCCUAUACUAUUUGAUAUCUCAAUCAGAGAUAACAUCGCAUAUGGGGCAAUUUCUUUGAAUGAACAUGUACCUUUUGAGCAAGUAGUUAGAGCAGCAAAAUUAGCAAAUGUUCAUGAUUUUGUAAUGAAUCUACCGGAACGAUAUGAUACGGUGGUUGGUGAGCGGGGAAUUCAAUUAUCGGGCGGACAAAAGCAAAGAGUAGCCAUUGCGAGAGCUCUAAUUCGGGAUCCAAAAAUUUUAUUACUGGAUGAGGCAACUUCAGCUCUAGAUACAGAAAAUGAAAAAAUUGUUCAGGAAGCGUUAGAUGUAGCUAAGAAAGGAAGAACUUGUAUUGUAGUCGCUCAUCGUUUAUCAACAAUACAAAAUGCCGAUAAAAUUUAUGUCAUGCAGAAGGGUAAAAUAAUUGAAAAAGGUGCCCAUAAAGAAUUAUUAGCGAUGGAAGGACAUUAUUAUCAAUUAACUCAGAGGCAAGUUCUUUGAAAUCACAUUUCUUGAUGUGAUAAUUUAAUUUGUGGAAAAAAUGUGAUAGGCCUAUUGAAUAAAAUAAUUGAGUAGGUAGGUAUACCCAAUUAUUUGAUUGCAAAUGAUUUGAAAACUUGACUCGUAAAUUAUAAAAUGUGCCAUUUUCAUCAUCCAUUUCCUUGUGAAUGUUAUUUUUUUGUUUCAUAAUUUGUUAAUUGUUUGUUUUUUUACUUUUUGCAAAAAUACAUGAUUUUCAAACA